UUGUUUUCAUUAUUCAGAUACGGUAGCAGGGCACGAGAUGCGGAUGCCUCCAGCUCCACGACGUGCGUAACAAUAGUACAAAUUAGAAUUUCAAUAAGUUAGACUAGGGCUAGAUACUAGGCCUUAUCCCCCACCCCUCCUCCACGACAAUAAACGAAUUCCCGACAAUCCAUGCCAAAAUGGUGCCUCAGGCUGUGAAGCUGCUUCAAAUGUCGCUGGGCCAGUGGAGACGAGGCGUUGUCAAGGUGAAGGUGCACCCCAUGGCCAAGGGCGCCCUCACAUACGCGAUCAUGUGGCCCACGGGCAGUCUGAUCCAGCAGGCGCUGGAGGGACGCAAUCUGAAAGACUACGACUGGGCCCGGGCCAUACGCUUCAGUCUGUUCGGAGCCCUUUACGUGGCCCCCACACUCUACGGCUGGGUGCGACUCACCAGUGCCAUGUGGCCGCAGACGAACCUGCGCACGGGUGUCGUCAAGGCCAUCACAGAGCAGCUCUCCUACGGACCCUUUGCUUGCGUCAGCUUCUUUAUGGGAAUGAGCCUGCUGGAGUUCAAGAGCCUGGCCGAGGCCGUCGAAGAGACCAAGGAGAAGGCGGUUCCCACAUACAAGGUCGGUGUGUGCAUCUGGCCCUUCCUGCAGACCAUAAACUUCUCGCUUGUGCCGGAACACAACCGCGUCGUCUUUGUGAGCAUAUGCAGCCUGAUGUGGACCAUCUUUCUGGCAUACAUGAAAACGCGUCACUCCGAGGAGCAAACGGAGGGCGACGGCACUACCACGGAUCUCUCCUGUACAUAGUCCCCUCUGUUGUUUGUUGUUUGUGUGUUCCCUUAGGUAAAUUCUUUAGGACAAAAUUAGAUAGAAUUAGCGCACA